AUGAAACAAUUCAAUUAUCAAUCAUUGAUGCAUGGUUCUUCAUUGAAACAUAAAAUUGUUGCCACAUCAAAAUUCAAUAAUAUAUUAAUACAACAACAGCACAAUAUCGGAACAAGUUGCACAACUCUAAAUAAUUUUAAAUCAUUCACCAUUUCAAAACAAUUAUCAUCAUCAUCGGAAGUGAAGAGAAUUUGUAUUGUUGGAGGAGGUGCUGCUGGAUUAAAUUGCACUAAAUUUGCUCAAUCUAAAGCCCUUUCACUCCUCAAAUCAAACAAGAAUCAAAAGAUUGAAAUUCUACUAUUGGAAAGAAAGCCUCAAUGUGGAAGAAAAAUCAUCAUGUCUGGAGGUUCUAGAUGUAAUUUAAUACCACAUGAAAGCAAAUGGCUUUCUUUCAAAAAGGAAAAUGAUUUGGAAUUGAAAUACUUUUCAAGUAGACCAGAUAUCUUGUUUCAAAUAUUGAAAACUUGGCCAAUUGAGCAACAAAAAGUAUUCUUUGAAAAGGAAUUGAAAAUUCCACUAGAAUUGGAAGUUGAAUCUGGAAAAUAUUUCCCCCAAUCAAACGAUGCCAAGGAUGUUUUGGAUGCAUUUCUCAAGAGCAUUACUGAUAAAAGUAAUGAAAGAGUGAAAGUUUCAAUUUUGAAUAAUUGUGAUGUGAAAGGAUUGGAAAAAACUGAAAGAGGAUGGAAUGUGAAAUUUUCACAUAAUGAUAGGGAUAACCAAUCGGUUUUAUGUAAAUCAGUGGUCAUGUCAACUGGAGGAUUGAGUGUGAUUAAUAGUGAUGGAGUGGGUGUUCAGUUACUUUCUCAAUUGGGUCAUUCCAUUGUGCCAAUGUAUCCUGCCUUGACACCAUUGGUUUCAGAUUCUAAAGUGAAAUUAAUUCAUAAGGAAUUGAGUGGAUUGACCAUUCCAAAUGUAAUUCUAACAGUUUGUUUGGAAAAUGGAUCUGAAAGGAAGGUAAUCUAUCAAAUGGAAGAACCAAAAGGUUUCCUUUUCACUCAUACAGGUUAUUCCGGCCCAGCUUGUCUCAAUCCUUCACAUGCAACCAUACCAGGUCUCUACAAUUUUGAAACUCAACGUAUGAAGGAUAUACUCGUUGAAAAUCCACCCCAAUCCUCUUCUCUCAUUGAAAAAUCACAAAUUGAAAGGCUACUUUUCCACUCACCAGCAAAGCCACCAUGUCAAUUGAAACUCUAUGUGAAUUGGACUCCACUCAUCUCAGCUCAGGAAUGGGACAGAAAAUUCCAACAAGCCAAACAAAAGAAUUCCAAGCUCGUUCUCAAGAAUUUCAUUCACAAAAACUCGGAACCAAACUUUUUACCAAUUCGUCUCGUCCAAUUAAUCACCGAUUCUUUGGCAAUGAGUGAUUUGCUUGUUUCCAGACUAAGCAAUGACCAAAGAAGGUCCAUUAUUUCACAUUUAACUAGUUUCCCAUUAGAUAUUGGUGGAAAUAAGGGAUUCAAGAUGGCAGAAGUUACAGGAGGAGGUGUAGAUCUUUCACAAAUUAAUAUUCCAUCUAUGGAAAGUAAGAUUCAUCCAAAUCUUUUCUUAUGUGGUGAAGUUUUGGAUGCUUUUGGUAGAAUUGGAGGUUUUAACUUUGCACUUGCAUGGAUAACUAGUAGAUUAGCAGGUACCUCAUGUGUUGAGCAAGUAUUGACACAAUAA